AACCACUGAAUUGUAUCGUGCCAUCUCGUCACAAGCAUGCAGUCAGCGCAGAGGGCCUUUGGAGUUUCGUUUACCUAAUUCAUGUCAAUGAACUGACUAGCCAUGCCGUACGUGUUUGUGAGCACCCAAAUAAGGCUUGAAUGUGGUCCCACCAUUUGUGGAGAUGAGCAGUCGGAUCCGGAGCUGAUGCACUACCUGGGGGCUACACUCACCAAACAGUUUGGGAACAACUUCCAUGAAUACUGUACCACAGACAAGCCCCGAAUGGUCCUGAACAAGCUGGAGAGGCGGGGCUACAAGGUCAUCAGCCAAUCAGGAACUGGGCAGACCAUGGUCUGGACUCUGCAUAAGCCGUUGCCAUUGGACAAUGGACCAUCCCAGGAUGAGGGGUCAACAUAAGGUCAAUGAUGUGCCAUCAUGCUUACUGCAUCAUUAACAUUCCUGAGGAUCUUACAGUUACCGGUAUACACAUUUGUUGGGCACAUAGUUUUCUCCAAAGUUUAUAUGAAUGUGUGUAUAUUCCUCAUUAAACAUGUACAGUACUUCAUAUGUUUUCCAUCCUGUUAGACUGGUAUAGACCUUACAUGUACAUGUAUGUGUAGCAGGCAUCUUUGAAUAAAAGUCCUCACCGUACUGCUGUACAGGUCCGGGCAAACCUUCCAUGAUACACUUGUACAUUAUUUGAAUGACAUAAAGAUACCUCCAAGAUGUACGUUUUGCUGCUGUUUUGGCUUGCUGUGCAGAUGAUGUUUACCUGUAAUUUUGAGUGCAUUAGUAAAGCAAUUAAAUAAUGUAUUUUAUAAUAUAAACAUGCACAUCAUUGUUAUAAAGAGAUUAUCACCUUCAUCAUGGUGCGGCCAUUUUUGUCUUGCCUCUGAGAUGAGAAAAGUAUUACAACUUUACAUACAUGUAUAUCUCAGAGGUAGAAAAACAGGAUGGCUGCCCCCUGAGAAGGCUCUAUAGUUCAAAGAAAACUUCCUGUAUAUCCCUUAAUAAAAACAACUCAGAAUACACUAUUUUGUCUUCCAGAGGAAUAGUUUUUAAUUUAUACUGUGGGCAAAUAUUAAAAUUCCUGCCUACUGAAUGAUUUGUACAGUUUUAGGAAUUGCUCAUUGAUCAGUUGGAGGUGAGGAACUAGUCUAAGGACUAGUUUGAUCAUGGCUUGAUUUCCAUGAGUCACUGAAACUUUCACUGUUGAAGUACUUUCUUGUGGUAAUUAUUCACACCUGUAUACAUACCUAACAGAGAUGUGAUGGUGGUUACAUGUACAUGAAUGUGGGUCACGUGCAGUAGUAAUACUUUCCAGGGAUCUGAGUAAGUAUUAUUUCAUGAAGGACUCAUUUUGCAGUCACAAAUGGUACAUUUUAUGUCAAAGUCCUCUUUUGUUUCUUCUUAUACAUCAGUCUUGGUGUUUGGUGUACCAUUCGAUGUUGGGUAAUGCUGAAACAAACAUGAGCUUUUUCAUUUGAAAAUUAGUUUUGGGAGCUAUGCCUGAAAAGCAUAAACAGAACAAUGAAAGGCCAUUCUGUGGGGCAUGGUGGAAAUCAACCCACUUCAACUGCACUUUUCAUUUGAGCUUUGUAUAAAUUCAAAGAUUACAGAUGCUGUUUUUCAUCCAAUAUAUAUAAGCCAGUAUUCUAAAGGGGUACUUGUCCCCAUCUGACAGUGGGUGGGUGUGUCCUCUUACUUGCAGACAGCACUAGCUAGGGAUGGGCUUUUCAGGGGAUAAUCAUGUACACUUAUCACUUUUGCCUCAUCCCCUCACUGCCUGACAAAAGUGUUUGGUGCUGUAGUUCAGAGCCUCAUAUGACCAUUCACAAGAUCAAACACAAGACCAGAUAGAAGACUAGUCACAUGACCAGGCACAAGUCCAUGUUAUAAAAUAGGGUAAACAGUUACCAAGGAAUAUGAUUUUGUUGCAGUUCAUUUGAAUGGCUUGUGACUUGCAUUCAGAAUGGAGGUUCUGUGUUGAUCUUGUGAGGGUCUUGUGGGGUCCUAUGGUGGUCUUAAGAGAUCUCAAGUAAAGCACUGGAAUUUACCUGUAUCCCAGCAUUUAGUCACAUUUUUGAAGCCCCAGGGUGGGGAGGUUUGUCACGCAAACCUUAAUCACUGGCACAUUGGAUACAAAGCAGUGAGUUUUAGCCCCACCCCUGUCUGCCAGCUAAAAGAUUGACACUUUGCCCCAAGGGUUGAGAUAUCAACUUCACAAGUGUCAAUCCCAUGUCUUGGGUACCAUGUAGAUAAUAUCAACAUCCAGUGUAUUUUAGUUUUGUAUUAAAGCACGAGUCAUCUUUACAGCAUUACUGGCUAGUUUUUAUCUUUUCUUGGGUUUUUUUUGGCAAGUUUUCCUCAUCCUUAACUUUCUUCCUGUUUUGUUCUUUGUUUCAUAUAGCAUUAUUCAGUAUAUUUUUCAGUGCAUAACACUUCAGAAUAUCUUUAUAACCUUCAUUCUUGACUGGACUUUGGAAAGCACACAUUUGUAAAUGAUACAGUGAAGACUACUGUGCUCCCUUAUUUUGAUAUAAAAUGAAGAAAAGAUACCUUUUUGUGCAAAAGUCGGUGCCUAAACAGCACAGCUACAUGUAUACCAUAACAUCCUCCACACUGAUUUUUGUGUAAAUGGUGUCAUUGGUACCGGUACAUGUAGCUAGAUUUUCAGCAUUAUUUGUAACUUGUACAUGGCUGAAUGUUAACCCCCCUGAGUCACAUCAGCAGUAGAACAUACAUGUACAUACAUGUAAUGCAGGUGCCUGUAAAUUACAUGUAUAUGUACAUGUGAGAAACCUUAAGGCCUAACGCUUCUCUUUCCAGAAGAAAGUUGCCUUUGCUACUAUACUUGCAUUUAUGUUUUGGUCCAUUCUGUGCCCAUGAUUGAUGCUGGUCAUAGUAUUUUGGCCUACUAAGAGAAAUGCAAUGCAUGACAUAAUACAAAAAUGUACAUGUGAGCCAGAUGGAUACAUGUUUCCCUCACCCACACACAAUAUUUGUAUGUAUUUUGUACACCAGGCUUUGUCUGAAGGUUUGUGGGAAAAGAAAGUCAGGGUUUAAGUGGUAAAUAUACGGUGUACAAUGGUAUACAUGUUUUGUUUUGCAUUCAUAGGAAACAGAAAUAGUAACAGAAUCAUGCUUUGAAACAGUUAAAGCAGCCUUCAUUCCUGACAAAAUUUCACUUGGUGUACAUGUACAUUAUGUGGAGCAAACAGUGUUAUUUUGUAUUGUUGAAGAUACAGUACAUGCAUAAUUUGCAGACCUACCAACAAGCCGUACUCCUUCCUGAGGUCAGGCAUUACUGCACAAGAGAUUAAAAAUUGAAAUGAACUGAAUGCUCAUUUAAAUACCUUCAGGAAGGAGUACGCCUUGGGUGGCAGGUCUGAAUUUGUAUUCACAUGUAUACUCUGUGGGCAUCAGUACCACUGAUGUGCACACACUUAUCAUGUUCACGCUUAAAUGUAUUCUGCACUUUAUACAUUCUGUGUGUGUAUUUUGAGAAAGUACUGUGUAUUAAAUUGGAUAGAUAUUUUGAGACAAUAAAGUCCUUGUUUGGGCCUAAUUUGUGAAGAA